GUGGCGGCGGUGGCUUUGGCUCCGCCCUCCCGCCGCAGCUCUUCACCGUCGUCCUGAGCAGUCGCUCUGAGGGAGAAAUGCCGCCGCCAGGCAGGGCCCUGCUCUGGCUAGGACUGGUCCUGGGCUCUUUCUGCGCCUCUCUAGGGUCCGCAGCGCUGGGCAAUGAUGCCAAAGACGCUCUGAAUGUGCUUCUAAUCAUCGUGGAUGACCUGCGCCUUUCCCUAGGCUGUUAUGGGGACAAGCUCAUAAAGUCCCCAAACAUCGAUCAACUGGCAUCCCACAGUCUCCUCUUCCAGAAUGCCUUUGCCCAGCAAGCAGUGUGUGCUCCAAGCCGAGUUUCCUUUCUCACCGGGAGAAGACCUGACACCACCCGCCUGUAUGACUUCAACUCCUACUGGAGAGUACAGGCUGGAAACUUCUCCACCAUCCCACAGUACUUCAAGGAGAAUGGCUAUGUGACCAUGUCGGUUGGAAAAGUCUUUCACCCUGGAAUAUCUUCUAAUCACAGUGAUGAUUCUCCAUAUAGCUGGUCGAUUCCUCCUUAUCAUCCCUCCUCUGAGAAGUAUGAAAAUACUAAGACAUGUAGGGGGCCAGACGGAGAACUCCAUGCCAACCUGAUUUGCCCUGUGGACAUGGCAGAUAUUCCUGAGGGUACAUUGCCUGACAAACAGAGCACCAAGCAAGCCAUACAAUUGUUAGAAAAAAUGAAAACAUCUGCCAGUCCUUUCUUCCUGGCCAUUGGGUAUCACAAGCCGCACAUCCCCUUCAGAUACCCCAAGGAGUUUCAGAAGUUGUAUCCCUUGGAGAACAUCACCCUGGCUCCUGAUCCUCAGGUCCCUGCUGGCCUCCCUCCUGUGGCCUAUAACCCCUGGAUGGACAUCAGGCAGCGGGAGGAUGUCCAAGCUUUAAAACUCAGUGUGCCCUAUGGCUCAAUUCCUAUGGACUUUCAGCGGAAAAUACGCCAGAGCUACUUUGCCUCUGUUUCGUACUUGGAUACGCAGGUUGGCCACCUUUUGAGUGCUUUGGAUGAUCUUCAGCUGGCCAACAACACUAUUGUUGCAUUUACCUCAGAUCAUGGUUGGGCUCUAGGCGAACAUGGAGAGUGGGCCAAAUACAGCAAUUUUGAUGUCACCACUCGCGUGCCCCUGAUGUUCUAUGUUCCCGGAAGGACAGCUCUGCUUCCGGAGGCAGGCGAGAAGCUUUUCCCAUACAUCGACCCUUUUGAUUCCAUCUCAGAAUUGAUGAAGCCAGGCCGGCAAGUCAUGGACCUUGUGGAGCUUGUCUCUCUCUUCCCCACACUCGCAGGACUUGCAGGAUUGCAUGUUCCACCUCGCUGCCCUGUUCCCUCAUUUCAUGUGGAGCUGUGCCGAGAAGGCCAGAGCCUUCUGGAACAUUUUCGAUUUCAUGACUUGGAACAGGAUCCGACCCUUCAUGGUAAUCCCCAUGAAUCCAUUGCCUAUAGCCAGUAUCCCCGGCCUGCAGACUCUCCUCAGUGGAAUUCUGACAAGCCAAGUUUAAAAGAUAUAAAGGUCAUGGGAUAUUCCAUACGCACGAUAGACUAUAGGUUUACUGUGUGGGUUGGCUUUAAUCCCCAUGACUUUCUGGCAAACUUUUCUGAUGUCCAUGCAGGAGAACUAUAUUUUGUAGAUUCUGACCCUUUGCAGGAUCAUAACAUGUAUAAUGACUCCCAAGGUGGAGACCUUCCCCAAUCAUUGAUACCUUGAGUUGUACCAACUACGGAGAGCAUAUAUAUAAUGUGCUUCCUUCUGGCUGGUGACAGAAGGAGUUAGAGCUGGUUAUUUUGUGAUUAUCCUUAAUAUUGGAAGAAGUCCAAGGGAUAUGCAAUCAAAACAUGCAUCAAAAAUUUGGCCUAAGAAUAUAUAACAGCUAGACAUUUUGAUUUUGUCUUUAUUAAUUUCUAAUUGUUAAUUGAACUGAGGCUUGGCUGAACCUUUUCUUUCCUUUUUAUUUGAACAGUCAUAGCUUAUUUAUAAAAUGAAUAAAUAGAGAGUGAGUAAACUAAAAUUGUUAUACCUUUAGAUAUCAAGACCAUAAUAACCAAACAUAACACUAUACUCAAGAAAUAAUUUAAUUAUUUGUGAAAUUUAGUGCAUUUCAAAAACUAAGCAUAUAUCAAAUCAGAU